AUGCGUAUUUUGUACUUCACCACUCUUACGGCGAUCGCUGUUGGCGGCAGCGCCAGUCCAACCCCACCAUCGCCCCCCAAAAAUUGCUACCUCCCCAAGCGACUCAUCGGACUUGAGGAACAUGUUGUUUCGCCCUCUCUUGAAGCCGAAGUCGUCGCAUCUGGUAUUGCUAAUCGAAGUGCGCCUGGUAUACUCGACAAGCUGAAAGAUGUAGGUGCUGGUCGUAUCACCGCCAUGGACACUGGCAUGCUGUCGCUUAUGGUGCUUUCCCAGCAGUCUGCGUCCGGUCUGGAUAACGUCGAAGGCUGUCGCAAAGCAAACGAUGAUGUCGCGUCUGCCAUCGCGGCGUACCCAAAGCGAUACGCUGGUUUUGCCAACAUCCCCAUGGCUCUUCCCGAAGACGCAGCCGCAGAACUUCAACGCGCCGUUGCAAAGCUUGGCUUCAAGGGCGCUAUGAUCUGGAACCAUCUCAAAGACGGCAGUUACUACGACUCAGCGCGCUUUGACCCGGUUUUCGCCAUGGCCGAGAAACUUGAUGUUCCAAUUUACCUCCAUCCUGCUGCUCCUACGGCCGAACUAGCUUCGAAAUUGUACGCUGGAAACUAUCCCGCUACAAGAGCAGGGCGACUGGGCACCAACUCAUGGGGCUGGCAUGUCGAUGUUGGAACACAUGUGUUACGGCUGUACGGCGCUGGCCUUUUCGAUCGCUUUCCGAAGCUCAAGCUCAUCAUUGGGCACAAUGGAGAAGACCUACCCAUGUUCAUCGAUCGAAUCGACUCGACGGGACUGAGGAACGAUACGACUUUCGAUCGCGUCUGGAACACCAAUAUCUGGACUACCACGAGUGCUUUCUUUACCGUGCGCGCGUUCCAGCAGCUGAGACAAGUGACUUCCAUCGAAAGGAUCAUGUACUCCGUGGACUAUCCCUUCAGCAGCAUGAGCGACGGAUGGAAAUUCAUAGAGCAACUAGCCGAGAACAAGGUUUUGAGAAAUGAUGAGAUGGACAUGUUUGCAUACAAGAAUGCAGAAAGGCUCCUGAAGCUUUGA